CUACUGCGCAUGCGCGCUUGGGGUCACGGCAGGAGGCACGCGGGGCCUUGGCUGUCAAUCAUCAGCAGCAGCAUCAUCAUAAUAAUGAAUUGGCGAGAUCGAAACUGAACAGAAAUGGACAGUGAGGUACAGAGAGAUGGAAGAAUACUGGAUUUGAUUGAUGAUGCGUGGAGGGAAGAUAAGUUACCGUAUGAGGACGUCGCAAUACCGUUGAACGAGCUUCCCGAGCCAGAACAAGAUAACGGCGGCACUACGGAAUCGGUGAAAGAACAAGAAAUGAAAUGGACCGACUUAGCCUUACAGUACCUCCAUGAGAACGUUCCCACAAUCGGAAACUAAGUGCUGGUCAUCUCGAAGGAGCCUGAUUUUUGUGGAAAAUUUCUCUUGCAAGAUCUGGUCUUUAAGCCGUUAUCACUUCAGAAUGCUCAUCCCUCGACGGCUGUAUUUCCAUGGCGGGACAGUGUUUAUUAUAAGGAGAUAGUGCCGUUUUCUUAACAUUUUCACUUCCCAAGUAUUUGGUUUCUUAUGCCUGAAACCCCUUCCUUAUGACCUAGCUUGUCCACAUUUUCUUGUUUAUUAUACUAUUAUAUUGUACACUUUCUAAUCAUCUACUGCACAGAGAAUGUGCUCAAUAAAUACAAUUGAUUGAUGUUUUCUGGUGAUUUGCUUGAUAAAAGAAGCAGUUCUUCAUAUCUGGAUGCUGGACAUGAUUUGCUAAACGUUGUGUAUAACUUUGUCACUGCCCAUGAUGACAGAUAGCAAUCAAUCAAUGGUAUUUGAGUACAAACCGUGUGCAGAGCACUAUGCUAAACUCUUGGGAGAAUACAACCAAAUUAGCAGACACGUUCCCUGCCCAUAGUACAGUCUAGAGGGAGGAAUACAACCCCUUGACAGUCUUCUGGAAUGCCUAAUGUUUUGGUCAGUUUGUAUUUUUCACAACAUUUGUGUUUUCGUAUUUGUCUCUGAUGCAUGGAACCCUUAAUCUGUACGCUAUUUCACUGUUGUCCUUUUGGGAUUCAUUCUAAGCUGCGUUAUACAAGAGUAGUUUAUCCAUUUGCAGGCAUGUCUUAACUGUGAUAUCGAUCAGUGAUACAUGAAUGUCACAAUAUUGUUUUGUUGAGUUUCGGCAGCCUAGUGUUUAGGUAGAUUACCAUUUUGUCUCACUACAAAGUAGGCAUCCCUUAAAGAAAAGUGUGAAGUAAAUAAAACAGCUUCCAUUCUCGUU